AUGGCGGUGGAGCUGGAUGCCGACGCGGUGCGGCAAGCCAAGGUCAAAAUGAUAUUUCACAAGUUUGACAACAAUAAAGACGGCGGACUAGACCGCUCGGAAAUGGCUGGUCUCGUCAUAGCCGUCAACCCUAAGGUCAAGUUUAAGGACGAGCAAAUCGAGGCUAUUUUAGACGAGGUAUUUAAGACUUACGGGGAAUAUAUUACCGAAGGCGUCGGCUUGUCUUUUGAGGGACUUCAGCAGACCUACGACGACGGAGCCGGUGACGUGGACAGGGAUUUCGAGGCUCUUAACCUUGUCCUGGACAUGCCUACUCCGGCUCCUCUCCCUGCAAUUCCCGCUGUUCCCGAGCCUCCUGCUGAGGUUCCUGCCGAACCUGAACCUCCCGCUCCGGUGGAGGAAGACAAGGGAGGAUAUAACUACUUAUCUACAAAGCACAUGGUGGAAGCCCUCGAGGCGCUUAUCCAGCAGCAACCACGCGCACAAGACAACCCUAACAACGUUCUCAGCAGCCCUGCGUUCACGAAAGCCGUCGCGGACCUUCGCUCGCAGUCGGAGAGCUUGUUACCCGUCGCAGCCGUCGUGGAGGCGAACAUGGCGAUGGGUCGCGCGCUGAUGAAGGUCGGUCGCACGGAGGAGGCGAAGCCGUCGUUUAUGCGUGUCGUGGAGAUUGAGCCGCAAAACGUCCGUGCGUACUUCCUUCUGGGGAAUGCGCAUUACAGUAUGGGACAGCUGGCGCAGGCGCGGGAUGCGUACAGCCAGAGCCUCGAGGCGGGGAAAGCGGACCCCGAAGCGCAUGCGACCAUCCUUCCUCAGGUGCACGUCAAUCUGGGUAUAGCAAUGGAGGCGGAGGGCCUGCUGAUGAACGCGUGCGACCACUACCGCGAGGCGGGAAUGCUGAACCCGCACCACCACCACGCCAUGAAGCUGCUCGGCAGCGCGCUCUACGGGCUCGGCGAGUACCGCGAGGCGGAGGAGGCGCUGCAGAAUGCACUGUACCUGGACCCCAAAUACGCCGAUGCACACUGCGACCUGGGGUCGACGCUGCACGCGCUGGGGGACGACGUGCGCGCAGGGCAGGCGUUCGAGCGCGCGCUAAGUCUGGCUCCUGACCAUGUCGACGCGCUCUACAACUACGCUGGGUUGCUGCGCGACACAGGCCAGUUCGACGCCGCCGUUGAUACCUACUCCAAGGUGCUCGCGCUCAGUCCGGGGCACUGGCAGGCGCAGCUCAACCGCGCCGUGUCGCUGCUGGGCGGCGGAAAGGGCGAGGCGGCGCAGCGCGAGCUGGAGGCGGCGUAUCGGCUGACGAACCGCGUGGAGCUGUACGACGCGGUGAAGCAGCUGAAGCGGCUGUACAAGGAGAACAAGAAGAUGAGCUCCGCGUUGGCGAAGCUGCCGGACAGGGGAGGGGAGGGUGCGGGGGGCGCGGUGGAGGGGAGUUUUGUUGUGCUGGAUCCGGCGAGAAUGAAGGGCAGCGGCCCCACGGUGUGCAAUCCCACGGAGCUGGCUGUGGCGCUUGACGUCCGCGCCUAUCAGCGCCACACGCGCCUAUCCAAGGUGCCGGUGGCAGCGCUUCGCGCCGAGCUCUCAGAGGCCAACUUCGAGGCGGCCCCGCGCGAGCGCAUGGUGCGCAAGGCAGCCAUCGAGCUGCUGCUGCGCCAGCUGCUCCCAGAAGCCCUCCCCCCAGAGACCUUCCAGCAGGCCGUGCGCGCCCUCAACGAAAAGGUCAUCUCCGCCGUCGAAACCGGCGGCGGCGCGGCCGCGGCAGCCGUUGAUCUGGGGCUGUUUCUGGCGAUCGUGGCGCUGCUGUGCGACGGGGCGGUGCCGGAGAGGAAGCUGGUGGCGUUUGAGGCGCUGCAGUGGCGGCGCGGGCGGCCGGAGGGCACUGCGGGGAAGAUCAUGCGGCGCGACGCGGUGGGGUUUGUGCAGCUGGUGCGCGAGAUCUACCUGCCGGGGCAGCCGCCCAUGCCUGAGGACGACAAGGGCGGCGAGGAGGGCGUGCCUGACGUGGGGCUGGAGCAGUUUGAGACCCUCGUGGAUGAUUAUUUCCCCAUUCUCUACACGCUGCGCAAGCUGGAGGUGUACGAUCGUACGCGGCACCUGGGCAUGUCAUGCGUCGUGUGCCGGUACGCCAUAGUUGGGCUGCGCUACCGUGAGACCAAGUCGCGCUUCGACCUCUGCGCCACGUGCUACAGCGAGAGGAAAGCCCCUGCCAAGCAUGCAGGCCCCUCUCUCCUGUCAUCACGUAACCGCGUGUUCACGUUUGCCGAGUAUGUGACCGGCACGGACAAGGUGAGGGAGAAGUUUGGGCUGUAUGGAAGGACUCUGGCCAAGACGCCGACGACAAGAGGAGGGGCCACGGCAGGCGCAGGAGGAAUGGCAGGUGGAGUGGGAGGAGGAGUCGAAGCGGGUGGUGAUGCUGGGACCGCGAGAAUCGUGUACGCGAUAGGGGUGUUGUGCACGGGCGCGACGGUGACAGUCCUCGCUCCCUACGUCGCCGCGGACGAUAAAACCUCCGUCGCUCUCCUCCUGGCGAUCACCAUCGUUCAAGUCGCGGGGUUCGGAGGAGCGGCUGACGCGCUGGGAGGGGCGUCGUAUAACCCGCUCACAAAUCUCAUCAACUACCUCGCUGAUGAGGAGGACGAAACGGCGCUCGGCUUGUUGCUGCGCCUCCCAGCGCAGGCGGGUGGCAUGGUCCUAGGCACCAUGCUGACGUGGAAGUUCAUUCCAGAGUCCCUCAAACACACCGUCAACGGGCCCGCGCUGCCACCUGGCGUCUCGGUAUUGGCCGGCGCGACAGCGGAGUUUACGCUCACGUUUCGGCUGUUCGUCGUGGUGAUGUGGACACUGUUCCUCGGUCCCAGCAGUGACCUCUCGAAGCAAUUCAUCAUGGUCACAGCCACAAUAGUCGCCAUUGCUGCUGGCAUGGGCUUCUCUGGCCCUUCCCUGAAUCCUCUCUUUGCGUUUGGGUGGGUGUACACUUUGGACCAAGAGAUGUUGGUGCAGCACUUCGUAGUCUACUGGGCUGCUCCCACCGCCGGUGCCGUGCUCGCUGCAGCCUUCUACCGAAUCUACCUGAAACCACACAAGGCAGCUCUGGAGGCGAAACGGCGGAAGGAGAGAGAAGGGAAGGAAGGGAAGGCUGAGGAGAAAUGGAAAGGAGAGGAGGAAGCACUGAGGGCCAGCAGAGAAACAAAGGGGGUUGCAGCAGAGAGAGAGGGAGAGGGGUUGCGAAAACGGGUGGGUGCAGGGGUGCGGGACGAGGAGGAGAAGGGUAGGGAGAAUGUGAAUAGUGGUGGUGGUGGGGGGAGAAACAAAGCGGAGUGA